UUGUUGUUGUCACGGCGCGGUUGAGAUUCUGAGAUCGAAACAAACAACGAGAAACUUGUGAAAUGGCGGAACGGGAGAACCCGUUUGCAACGGAGGCAGUGGUCAUCCCGGCCGUGCUUGGUGUCAUAGGCAUCGUCGGGGUCAUCGGAAACGGACUGGUCAUCCUGGUCAUCGCCAGGUCCAAGGACAUGAGAACUGUGACCAACAUCUACGUGGUCAACAUGGCCGUGACGGAUCUAGCCUACCUGGUGUUCAGUAUCCCUCCUGCGGCAAUAGUGUUCGCCUUUUCAGAAUGGCCGCUGGGAGAGGCCUUGUGCAAGGGCAUGCACUACCUCGGCAGGGGGACGCACCAGGCCGCCUGUUUGACGCUGACUGCCAUGAGUAUUGACCGGUUUUGUGCCAUAGUUUUACCGUUCAGGACCGUCAACUUCAGACAGCCACGAGUUGCCAUCAUCAUCAGCGUCUGCAUCUGGAUAAGUUCGUUGCUGAUAAAUAUACCUGUUGCCCUCCGCUUCGAAGUGUUCCAUGUUCCCAGCGGCCAGACCCUGUGUCGAGAGAACUGGGAGUCCAUGGAUGCCCAGAAGUCCUAUUUUGUCUACGUCUUCGUCAUCACGUACCUGGUACCAGUGUUCAUCAGCGCCGUGUGCGGGUCGCUUAUUGUGCGGCAGCUGAUUCGCAGCUCAAAGAUGCCACGGACGAAUCUGGAUAGACAUGAACGAAGGAUGCGCCGUGUGACGGCCAUGGUGUUAGGAGUGACGUUCCAGUUCGCCCUGCUGUGGCUACCGACUCACGGCAUCAACCUGUGGCGCGUCGCGAACCCGCUCGUCCUGGGCGGCAUCACGCUCUACCGCGUCAAGAUGGCCUUCACCUGCCUCGCCUUCGCCAACUCAGCCUUAAACCCGUUCGUCUACACCUUCUUUGGGGAGAAUUUCAGAGUGGGACUCCGGAGAGUUUUACCGUGUUGCUGCAGGAGGGCCAUCGGAACAUCGGUACAGAGCUCCACGCGGAGGUCGUCGGUGCCCCAUCGAAGACUAAGCGCGCAGAUGAGCAACAGGAGCGUGCAUUGCCAUAGACAAUGCUCCACGGAUGGAGCACGUAGAGACUUCGUGGUGGAGAUUGGUGAGCAGAGUCCUCACACUCCACUGAGUCCAGGUGAGGAGAUUCCUCACACUCCACUGAGUCCAGUGACUGAUGAUCAAACCGACAUACUCACAGACUUCUGCUCGUGCCAAAGAAUCCUCAACAUUUGCAAAAAGGAAAAAUCGUUAAGUAGCAGAGUAUGAGACGUAUCAUAACCUCAAUCCAGUUCAACUACCUUCUUACAAUUUCGUGACCUCUUUUAUGAAAAUAUUAUGUUUAAUUCUAAAAUACCGAUUUAUCAGAGUAAUAUAUCAUGUGACGUUUGCGCACGUAUAACGCAGUCAUAUAUACUUAAUAUCUAGUAUCUAUUGUAGACGGGUCUAUUUUCCAUAAUAGAAAUCAUCGUGGGUUAGCAGCUCAAGGACUGCAUAGUAUGGCCUUGACACAAUUGAAAGUAUGUCUUACCAAUUUAUUAACAUAACAUUACAUAAUAUAAUAUAGUCGUUAGUUCUUUAAAUAGUAAUUUAUCCCAAUCUAAUAAGUACCGUUAUUUUAUUAAAUGGAACUAGAUUAACAAUAGAAUACAGAAAUACGAUAAGUAGUAAGUAAGAAUUAAGCUGACCUCCAAAAGACUCCUUGAUUAACAACACUAGUAUAUGAAUUUUACAUGACCGAUUUAGAAUCAUAAAGACGUGGAUAUAUGUACAUAUGUGGACACUGAAGUGAGGGUUGACAAACGGUACGCUAGACACUAUUAGGGUGACAAGUGUUCUAUGUAUCUCUUGUUAAUGUUGGUUAACAUGAAAUUGUAAAUACGGUCUAUAUUUAAACUUUAAAGUAAACACGAGAUUAUCAAAGGAAUUAGCAUGUGGGUGUGUUGAUCUCAUCCUAAUGUAAAUGACUAAUAUUUUCCUGUAUACACUUUGGUUUUGUAUACCUUUUUAUUUGGAUUAGAUUAUUUUGUACAAUUGUUUUCAAUUAAUUUCUGUAAUUUAU